AUGGCUGGGGACCUCGUUCGGCCGCCGAAACCACGCAGACUCGUACUAGAUGAACCUUCUGCUAGUAGCAGUCACGAUCACAAACCUACUACUGGCACUAAGUUCGAUCUCAAACCCGGUGCUACUCGCAAUACUUACGAUCUCGUGGUUCCCGAGGUUUCCGAGGACAGCCUCCGCGAAGCCGGUGUUGCGGCGGUGACGCCUUCCGCCGUCGUAAGCAGCCCGCACGCGGAAGUAGUUCGGCGGAAAGCCGCGCCGUCGCGCGAGAUGGACGCGCAGUGGCGCGACGAUGCGGCGGUGACGGCUUCCGCGAAGUCUGCGCUCAGAGGAUGCUCAGUUGACGAAGGCGCAAGCGACAAGAAAGACGGCGCAAGCGCACUGUCGGGCGGCAAUGGAGCAAAGGGCAGUCACGGAAAGCAGCGCCGCUGCGGCGGAAGCAGCGCCGUCGGGAAAUGCCGCGCCCUCGGGAAAUGCAGCGCCGCCGGCGGAUCUGACGGCAGCAGCGCUGGUGCGGACGUCGGCGGGUGCUUCCGCCUCUUGCGCAGCCCGCGCGCGAAAAUCGCUACGGGUGCACGGAAGAUCACAGGUGUUCGACCAGGUUCCGCCACAGGCGCUCGACCGCCUGCGCGCGCAGCUUCCGCCGACCAUUUCCGCUUCCGCCGCUCGCGGUCGACGUCGCAUGUGGAUGAGCGACGCGGCGCUGGCGGCGGCUCCGAUGGCACUAGCACUAGCGCCAUGGUGCUGGCGACAGUUCCAUGUCGCACUGGCGACGGCGACGGCUCCGAUGGCACUAGCACUAACGGCAUGGCGCUGGCGACAGCUACGAUGGUUCCUUGUCGCACUGGCGCUGGCGCUUGUGGCACCAGCGGAAGGACAGAAAACACUGGUGAUUGGGGGGGAGGGGGGAAGAGAGGGGGAGGGGGAGCGGGAGGGGGAGGGGGAGAGAGAGGCGGAGGAGAGCCUUCACCAUUCGAAGUGGCUUGUGGCGAAGCAGCAACAGCAGCAGCAUCUCCGCAAAAACAGGAACAGCAGCAGCCUGCCAAAUCUGAGACGACUCCUCCCGCCAACACCUCUUCCGCCCCGCGCACUCUCUUCACCGUGUAUUCACCUCGCUAUCCGCGCGCGUCGCCUCAUCCGCCCGCGUCGCGUCAUCCGCCCGCGUCGCCUCAUUCACCCGCGUCGCCUCAUCCGCCCCAUGCGCCCCAUCCGCCCGCGUCGCCGCGAUCACCUGGUCAAGAGCCCUCCCCGCGCUCUCGACUCACCCGUCACCUCAUCUCGUCACCACGACUCGCUCGUCUCCGUGCCGCCUCGUCGCCUCAUCUUCGCACCCCCGGGCCGCCUCGUUAUCGCACCUUCGCCCCCCCGCCUUCGCACAAUCGUCGCGCAGCUCGCAGAGCAGCGUCGGCGACAGAACGCGACUUCGUGACCUUCGACAAUCUCGCGAAUCUUGAGACUUGA